CCAUGGGAAGCACUGGGAAGUAACGGGGGGUGGGGUGCCACCAGACCAACACCCCCAGACUUCCCCACCUUCAGCCACCAUCAGAUCCUCUCCCCAGGUGCCCCCCUGGGAUUCAGGGCUGAAUCUGCCCAGUUCCCACACUCAGGUCAGCCCUCUUGGGAAGGUGGGUCCUCCAUGGGGGUCCCUUCGGGUACUUUUUUUUUUUAAUACAGAGCCUCACUCUGUCACCCAAGUUGGAGUGCAGUGGUGUGAUCUCGGCUCACUGCAACCUCUGCCUCCCAGGUUCAAACGAUUCUCCCGCUCCAGCCACUCUAGUCGCUGAAACUGCAGGUGUGCACCACCACGCCGGGCUAAUUUUUGUAUUUUAAGUAGAGACGGCAUUUCACCAUAUUGGUCAGGCUGGUCUCGAACUCCUGACUUCAAGUGUUCCGCCCACCUCUGCCUCCCAAAGUGCUAGAAUUACAGGCCUGAGCUACUGCGCUUGGCCCCUUGCGGUACUUUUGGCCCAACCUCCUCCAUGGCAGGGGGCGCGGAGGCCGAGAGAGAAGUCAUUUGCCCUGGCUCUACCUUGAAGUGGUUCUCAGGGUUCGGGCGAGACUCGGGGUGGGGACCGAGAUGCAGCUCUAUCCUGUGCCCCUGGUCACAGCAGGCAGCCCAGCGCUUCGCGUGUUCUCCUUGGCCUGUCCGCUGCAGCCUAAUGAGCUCAGGUCUAGGCCAAGCAGAGGGUGCACCCGGUCGGACUCGGUUGGGCUCGGGCGGCCCCGCCUCCCCCCGCCCGCCAGGCGGGCCCUUCUGGAUGGCGCGGGGCGGGCCCUGCGGGCGCGGGGCUGAAGGCGGAACCACGACGGGCAGAGCGCACGGAGCCGGGAAGCCCCUGGGCGCCCGUCGGAGGGCCCAGCGCGGCGCGGAGGGCUAUGGAGCAGCGGCCGCGGGGCUGCGCGGCGGUGGCGGCGGUGGCUGCGGCGCUCCUCCUGGUGCUGCUGGGGGCCCAGGCCCAGGGCGGCACUCGUAGCUCCAGGUGUGACUGUGCCGGUGACUUCCACAAGAAGAUUGGUCUGUUUUGUUGCAGAGGCUGCCCAGCGGGGCACUACCUGAAGGCCCCUUGCACGGAGCCCUGCGGCAACUCCACCUGCCUUCUGUGUCCCCAAGACACCUUCUUGGCCUGGGAGAACCACCAUAAUUCUGAAUGUGCCCGCUGCCAGGCCUGUGAUGAGCAGGCCUCCCAGGUGGCGCUGGAGAACUGUUCGGCAGUGGCCGACACCCGCUGUGGCUGUAAGCCAGGCUGGUUUGUGGAGUGCCAGGUCAGCCAAUGUGUCAGCAGUUCACCCUUCUACUGCCAACCAUGCCUAGACUGCGGGGCCCUGCACCGCCACACACGGCUACUCUGUUCCCGAAGAGAUACUGACUGUGGGACCUGCCUGCCUGGCUUCUAUGAACACGGCGAUGGCUGCGUGUCCUGCCCCACGAGCACCCUGGGGAGCUGUCCAGAGCGCUGUGCCGCUGUCUGUGGCUGGAGGCAGAUGUUCUGGGUCCAGGUGCUCCUGGCUGGCCUUGUGGUCCCCCUCCUGCUUGGGGCCACCCUGACCUACACAUACCGCCACUGCUGGCCUCACAAGCCCAUGGUUACUGCAGAUGAAGCUGGGAUGGAGGCUCUGACCCCACCACCGGCCACCCAUCUGUCACCCUCAGACAGCGCCCACACCCUUCUAGCACCUCCUGACAGCAGUGAGAAGAUGUGCACCGUCCAGUUGGUGGGCAACAGCUGGACCCCUGGCUACCCCGAGACCCAGGAAGCGUUCUGCCCGCAGGUGACAUGGUCCUGGGACCAGUUGCCCAACGGAGCUCUUGGCUUCAGCCAUGGGGUACCCGCACGAACGCCCCUGACUCCGCCUCCCGACCGCGGCCCACGUACCCCAUUGGCUCUCUCUGGCCCUGCCCCAGGCCCCGCUCCUGCGCCCACACUCUUGCCAGAGUCCCCAGACGGCUCGCCCGCCAUGAUGCUGCAGCCGGGCCCGCAGCUCUACGACGUGAUGGACGCGGUCCCAGCGCGGCGCUGGAAGGAGUUCGUGCGUACGCUGGGGCUGCGCGAGGCAGAGAUCGAAGCCGUGGAGGUGGAGAUCGGCCGCUUCCGAGACCAGCAGUACGAGAUGCUCAAGCGCUGGCGCCAGCAGCAGCCCGCGGGCCUGGGCGCCGUUUAUGCGGCCCUGGAGCGCAUGGGGCUGGACGGCUGCGCGGAGGACUUGCGCAGCCGCCUGCAGCGCGGCCCGUGACACGGCGCCCACUUGCCACCUAGGCGCUCUGGUGGCCCUUGCAGAAGCCCUAAGUACGGUUACUUAUGCGUGUAGACAUUUUAUGUCACUUAUUUAAGCCGCUGGCACGGCCCUGCGUAGCAGCACCAGCCGGCCCCACCCCUGCUCGCCCCUACCGCUCCGGCCAAGGCGAAGAAGAACGAACGAAUGUCGAGAGGGGG